CAGGUUGCACCAAAAGGCCCAACUAGCAGAAAGCAGAACAGUCCUGGAGAUAAACAUAUUUAAUGGACGGAUACUAAGUUUACACCACGAGGAAGUAACUCUGGUAAGCCAAAUCAUGUGAACAGGUGCCUGCAUGUAUUUAUAAAAAUACUGACAUUCAGUGCAGCCGGUGAAUGGUGUUGUAAGAAGAAGCGAUCUAUUUGGCUGCUGGUGCCGUGCAUGCUGGUUCACAGAAACACAACAGAGCCAUCCUUCAAGUUACUAGUCGCAGAUGGGCUUUUCUACUGUGAUAAGUCAACAUUAGCUGCUUUUAAAAAAGGUCACAUUAAUCAAGUAACCACACAGAGAAGUGCAGGGCCCCCAGGAGGUGUGGGGCUCUUGGGGCGGCUGUAAAUAGAGCAGCAUUGGGCCCAGCAGACAAGAUCACACUGGUUAUAAAGAGUUGUAACGACUGACUGACAAGGAAUUAUAAAGGUUUAAUAGCUAACUGGUUAUAAGAGGUAUGAUGGGAAAAACCCCAUAUAUAUGACUUGAAAACCAAUAUAACAUGUUGGACUCAGUGACUGUCCCUUGCAGACGUGUAAAUGAAAGAUUUAAUCCUCGAUUAUAUCAUUUAAUGUUCAACUUUCUCAUCUGGACUACAGCUGUAAGAUCUCCAGGAAGGCGGAGCUGCGUUCCAGAUUGGCUGAGCUUCAGCUGCAGCUUUCUGGCCCGCAGCAAACUCUGGGGAUUGUGGGAGACGGAAAAAAGGAGAAGAUGAAAAGACAAGUGGAGGAUGCCCCUGAGGCCCUUCCAUCACAAACGCCUCCAGCCUCUAAGAUCCUUAAGGGAGAAGAGCAGUCCAAAGCUCAAGCAACGCCAGCGCCGGCUGCCAGGCAGAGGGAGAGAGGAGGGGGAGCAGAGAUAGGCAGACGUCGGGAAGGGACAGAGCCGGCCAACGUGUCAGAUCAGUGCCGAGACGCGGACGACGAGCGGCAUCUACGGCAGGAAGAAGCUGAAUUUACAUCCCUCAAAGCAUCUUGGGAGAAGGCGAGGUUUCGCUUGAGGCUGCUCGAGGGUCACAACGACAUAGUUACCUGUGUGGUUGCUGUUGACAACCUGGUGGUGUCUGGAAGCCGAGACACGACGGUGAAGGUAUGGCACGUUCCCACGGCGGCCGAGCACAAGAACCUGGGGGGUCACACCGGUGGGGUCACCUGUCUGGCUGCACCUCCCCCCGAGUUCUGCAAGAGACUGGCUUGGUCACUGUCUUUGUCGGACAAGGAGAGGUUUAUUUUGAGUGGCUCUGCAGACUGCAAUGUGAAGAUCUGGGCCCUGAGCAUCGGGCAGUGUGUUAAGUCUAUCUACACAUUCAACGCCGUGACUGCGCUCUGCUUUGUGCCAGAGGAGGACGGCUACAUCAUCACCGGGUCAGACGGGGGGAAAGUUCAAGCCUGGAGCUGGCACACCUUUGAAAACUGCCAGUCAAUCAACGCUCACCAGGAAGCAGUCACAUCCGUCCAGUCUCAGGGUCCGCUGGUGUUCAGCGGCUCAGCAGAGGGAGGGGUGUCUGUGUGGGAGAACCGGUGUUCGGAUCGAGACCCUCUAAGGCUGCUGCACCACUGGAGCGGCCAGGUGACGGGCUGCGGAGGGGGACCGGCGGGGCGUCUGACCCUCAGCCCGCGGGGGGAUCGAGUGUUCCUGGCUCACGGUCGAGCUUGGCUCAAGAUUCUGCACUGGAGGACAGGAGCGAUGUCCAGACUGACCAAUCACAGCAGCAUCACCGGGGUAACAGAUUGUGCUCACCAGACAGGAGGCCUCCUAAUUGGCUCCUGCUAUGAUGUGGCAAAUGGAGAGAGCUCGCUAAAUUUGUUCUCACUGCCUCAGUGUCAGUACCUGGCCUCUCUGACCUGGCCCGACGCUCCCAGAAUCCUCUGCUUUGCGGCGUGGACCACGGGGAGCGGAGACCACCGAUGGGUCACAGGAGGUCGCGACCUCAUCGUGUGGGAGCAGCUCCCGCGUUCUGGGAAGCAGAGGGGUGACGUCACAGUGAGGAGAGACAGUCGAUUGGAGUCCUGCUCGCUGGAGUCUGAGGGGGACUCUGAAGAUGACGAGGAGGAGACUGAUGAUUGCGAGGAUGGUGAGGAGGACGAGGGGAGAGCCGGCCGGCGUGACAGCGCGGAGGAGGACGGAAGGUCCGGCUCGUGGCUGCGCUGCGUCCUCCAGUGAGAGCCGGCUCUCUCACGCCACGGCCUGAAGAGGAAAUGAGAAGGAGAAGGAGCGUGGUGACAGCGAAGGAGGGGGCGCAGGGGAGUGAAGUGUGACAGACUGAGUGUCAGUGUCGAAAGGGGAGAGUGAGUGUGUGUGUGUGUGUGUGUGUGUGUGUGUGUGUGUGUAUGUGAGCGGUGGGCAGAUUGUUUUCUAUGUAAAUAUUAUUUCCACAUAAAAUAAAGCUGUCACACUGUGACUCUCACCUCUAAA